GAGGCGGAGUUUCCCCUCCAGGUGCCCCCCUCCUUCUCUGAGGCUCUGGUCGUCUACCUGAGCAGAUGUGAGCAGCAGCCGUCGGAGCGUCUGGAUCAGGGCUUCAGCUCGGUUCUCAUCACUCUCCUCAGAGACUUUAUCUCCUCACUCAGGUGUCCUGACACCUCAUUUAAAGACCAGGCAUGGUGGAACCCAGAGAAGAUGGACACCAACACCUGCUGCUACCUGGGCCUGAUCUGCCGCCUCUUCGGCGUCCUCAUCAGCAGCGCCGCUGAGAGCCCGUUUGCCUUCAGCUGCAGGGAGCUGAUGAAGCUGCUCUUCAGGGUCCACAUGCAGGGGCCCAUCGUGCUCUUUAGGUUCCUGAGCCUCGUCUGGGGAUACAGCGGUAACCAUGGAGACCAGCUGGACGUAAAGAUCGGCGCCGUCCUGCAGACCAGAGCGCUGUACUUGGGCAGAGCUAUAAUGGAGGUCCAACCGGCCGCAGUGCUGGACCAGCUGGCGGCUCCAGACUCACCAG